UCUCAGCGCAAGAAGACUCUCUCUCUCUCUGCCCUGUAAAAUGAAGACCCUCAUCUUCAUGUUUCUGCUCCUGCUGCUGGGAAUCUUCAUCUAUGAGACUGACGGACAGUAUAACUUUGGAGACUUGCUGUCUGUCAAUCGUGCCAGCUCGUGUAGGUGCCUGGGCCCGAACGUCUAUAAACACUUUGCAGUUUUUGUGGGAAACGAGGAAUUCCCCGGCAAAGAGCCGGGUCAGAACAUUUUCCACUUCACGGGUCCCACAAAAGACCAGGCAGAAUGUAUUUUUGGACGACUGGAGGACGACCAGGGUACAUUCCAGCUGGACAAUUACCUGGAUAACGAUUUGACACCCAGAAUCCCAGCAGACAUGCGUGCAAGUAUCAUCGCUCUGCACAGAAACUGUGGCAGGUAUCGACUCAUGUCCAACAACUGUGAACACAUCGGCACCGAGGUGCGCUACGGAGAGGCACGCUUACAACAGAGGGGUACACGCGUCAGUUGGGUGUGCCGGAUACUACCGAGAGGCAGACGCCCACGCCGGGACUUGGAGAAGACAUUACCUCUUGAAUACACGUAUGCUUCCUGUGACAAGCUGUGCCCCGCUGCAGGAAACAGGAAGGCUGGCUGAACCCCUGAAACCCAGUCCUGACCUGACCCUUGCUCUCUUCUCUAACUUAAAUAAUAAAAUUAA